AGCCAAAACCAAAAAAAAAGGAGUCUGAGUAAUAUAGUAAUUCAAAUACUUAAUGGUUUUGUUUUUGUAUCAGGAGAUGAGUUUACCGAACACUUGGCAACACAGACCCUCGAUGCAACACAGGCUGCAGCCAUAGCAGCCAGAUUUAGCUUGGUAAACAAAGCGAGCUAGCGGGUUAACAGUUAGCCAUAUAACGGUUCUGUAACAUUGCUGUAAAAUAUAGUUUUAUUAGAUAGUUUUAAAUAGUAAAAUAAUUGAUAUAUCGCGCAAAUCUCGUUCUCAUGACAGCAUAUGUAAUUAAGUAGUUUUAGGGGUUCGCAUACACUAGCUAACUGGUUAACGUUAGCAAGUGAGAUUUUCGUGAGGUCGCAUUCAUAGGAAUCGAAAUGAAACUUCAACGUAUGAUUAGACUUUUACGUGACAGUGGGACUUUUUAUCUUAGUUUGCAAAGUUUAUUUUGUGCCCCCAUUGUCUAAUAGUAAAAGCUAGCACAAUGUCCGUGGUCAAAUGUUUACACGUUGCUCGGAUAGGCAAAUAAAAAUUGAAUGCUUGCUAAGCAGAUACGUAUCUAGUCAAAAUAACUCGAAAAAUAAAUAAGUUAGCUAGGAAAUAUACGAAUCCGCCCAAAUAGCUGUCAUGAAAUAAAACCCAAAUCAUAAACAUUUGGGGUGAAAUGUUCAAUCUGAUGGCGAACUGCUGCAACUGGUUGAAACGAUGGAGAGAACCUGCGAGGAAGGUGACACUAGUUAUGGUCGGCCUGGACAAUGCAGGAAAAACAGCUACUGUCAGAGGUAUUCAGGGAGAAAGCCCUUUAGAUGUAGCACCUACAGUGGGCUUCUCAAAGGUGGACCUGAAGCAGGGAAAGUUUGAGGUCACAAUCUUCGACUUGGGCGGUGGGAAGCGCAUCCGUGGGAUUUGGAAAAACUACUACUCCGAGUCCUAUGGCGUGGUAUUUGUUGUGGACUCCAGUGAUGUCCAGAGGAUCCAAGAGACCAGAGACACAAUGGCAGAGGUCCUUCGCCAUCCUCGUAUUGCAGGCAAACCAGUAUUAGUACUGGCUAAUAAACAGGACCGAGACGGGGCAUUGGCUGAGGCAGAUAUCAUCGAGAGCCUGUCAUUGGAGAAACUUGUCAAUGAGAAUAAAUGCCUCUGCCAAAUUGAGCCCUGUUCCGCAGUGCUGGGUUACGGUAAGAAGGUGGACAAAUCCAUCAAGAACGGCCUUAACUGGCUCUUGAACAACAUUGCUAAGGACUACGAGAUAAUAUCAGAACGUGUGCAAAAAGAUACAGCAGACCAAAGGGCUCAGGAAGAACAGGACAAGAAGGAAAGAGCAGAGAGAGUCCGGAGGAUAAGAGAGGAGAGAGACAGGCAGGAGCGAGAGGAGGUGGAGCGAGAAGGAAGGGUGGUGAAAGAGGAGGAGCUAGAUGAUAACAUGGACAACCCAUUCCAACCUAUAAACAAUGUUGUUACAGAGAAAGACAACAGACUGAAAAAGGAAAUAGAGAUGCAGAGACCUAGAGAGGAGGGCCACAUGAGCAACACUCAAGAUCAGACAGAUCUUCAAGAUGAAGCGGAAGAGGAACAGCAGGAAGAUGAAGAGAGUGAGAGACAGACCCCAGAGAGCUCAGAAUCAGGAGCAGUGGACCAGGCCAAAAAGAAAACUAGAAAAUUGAGAUUGAAACGUAAGCACAGAGUUGACCCGCUUAGAGUGGAGGAAGCAGCACCCAAAAGUCCCACCCCUCCUCCUCUACCAGUUGGAUGGGCUACCCCUAAAGUUUCUAGGCUCCCCAAACUUGAGCCUCUUGGAGAUACAAGGCAUUCUGGUAAUUGUUGGUUUAUUGCACCCAUUCCUUGUCUGGCAUGUCGGCCAGCUUGCGCAUCACUAACAUUGCUUUUUCCCAUUGUGUUUUCUAACCAUAUAAGAGUUGCCCAUUGUUUUGACAUGAAAGCUUUGUUUUCUCUUCAUCCUCACAGCAAGCUUCAACCACAUCUGUCAUGAGCCAACAGAAAUACCACAGCCUAAUAAAACGUUACUAACAUAAUUAUCUUAACAUCUCAUUUCCUGUGAUGUGACUAAUGUGUUUUAUUUGUUUUCCUAGUGCCUAGUGUUCUGUGUCCAGUUUUGAAUACCAAAGCAGUCUCACAUUGAUCUGUAAAUUUAUUCUUCUUGCUUACCCGUGUAGUCAUAAUAGAAAUUAGUUCCUUGUUUAUUGUUGCAGCUUAAAAAAAUGCACUGACCUAAAUAUCUUUUCCAUGACUCUCUUUCAUUGGCAGAUUUCUAUGGCAAACCUCUCCCACCUGUAGCAAUUAGACAGAGGCCAAACAGCGAUACUCAUGAUGUAAUUUCCUAAAACUACCUCUGCUUUCCCCUCACUGGUUAGCAAUUCGUAAGGGUCUCAACCAAUCAAAGUCUUGUUGUGUUCUUAUCUUCAAGCUCGGGCAGUGUAGCAAUGUACAUGGAUGUAAUUGCCCAUGACGAACUGAUAACCUGCCGGCAUUCCCAGUGGAAUACAUUACCCAAGGAACCAGUGACUGAUGGUGAGCAGAAGUUGCUUGCUUGCCAGUGUUUAAGAAGUUGAGAUGACUACAGCUACCUCUAUGGAGCAAUGCUUGAUUUGUGGGGAACAUACAUGUGCUGUACAAAAUGUUCAAAUACAGACUUGGAUAAGACUUUUCUCUUUAGCAGUCCGUCAAGCUUUUUUGUCAAAAUAAUGCUUAAAAUCAGUAUUAACACACACUUCAGAUUCUUCACAGUUUAAAAAAAACAUUACAGACAUAUUUUUAAGAGAAUUGAAAAAAUAUGUUAAAACAUAAGAACAAUUUUUAAUUUGUGUACUUGAAAUUGUACAAACAUGUCUUCAAUAGUUUUUAAUGGUUCAAAUGCAUAUCUGCUCAAGCUUAAGAAUUUGUGCAUACAUAUAUAGACAUAUUACAUGAAUGAUUGUGACACAAUUUGCCUUGAAAAUAUCAGAUGGUCUUUUAAUUAGCAGCCUUUAUAGGUCUAUACAUUAUGCUGUCUUACUUUUUGAGAAUGACAUUGAUACUCUUGAAUAGCACCAGCAACAGAUAUACAUAUUGUAUGUACGAUGUUCACUGUGCAGUCUGAAUUGUAUCUUAUGUAUGUGAUGUAAAAUAUUUGUGAAAGCUCUUUAUUGCUCUACAAAGUUUGAAAUAGCAUUUUAUGUGCUCAUGGGACAUUAGUGCUUUAUCAGAAAAAUUAUGUCUUAUUAAGAAUGAUAAUUACUUUCAUAUAUUUCAGGCUUGAUUUAAAGACUGAUUCAAUUCUCAUUGUAACACUAUCCCAUAUAUUAUUUUAUAAUGUCAUAUACUGUAAACAGUGCUCUCACAUUUGUCAGAUGUACCAAGCUAUUGUUGUUUUUAUACUUCACACUUGUUUACACGUGUGAUCAGUUUGUAUUUAACACCCACACAACUAUUUUGCAACAAUAAUAUUUAUUAUUUCUGAAGAUCCCUUCCCACCCAUAUUGCUAUGCUUUCAUUAUCUGCGCCUUUUGUACCCAGUUUACAUUUCAUAUGAAUGUUGAAUAUGAAAUAAAAAAUAUUUUUACUCA